CCCGAUGCUAGCCACGCUGGACGGCAACGGCACCGGCAGCGCUACCAUGAGUAAUAAUAUCAACCGUCAGAAGGUGGACUUUCCCUCUGUCCAUAUGUCCAAGAUGGAUGUGGUUAUCCCGUUCUCGCCUGAGGUGCCCUGUGACAACAGCAAUGGACAGCGCAUGUGGUGGGCUUUCCUCGCCUCCUCCAUGGUCACUUUCUUUGGGGGUCUCUUCAUCAUCCUCCUGUGGAGGACCCUCAAGUACCUGUGGACCGUGUGCUGCCACUGCAACAUGAAAAACAAGGAAGCACAGAAGGUUAAUAAUCCCACGGGUGGGCAGACCAAUGGGACCUCCAAGAACCUGGACGAGAAGGAACCUGAGGCCACCGCCAGCGAAGUGGGCUGGAUGACAUCUGUCAAAGACUGGGCCGGAGUCAUGAUAUCGGCACAGACGCUGACUGGCAGAGUACUGGUUGUGCUAGUGUUUGCGCUCAGCAUUGGAGCACUUGUAAUAUACUUCAUAGAUUCUUCUGACCCCAUAGAAUCCUGUCACAUUUUCUACAAAGAUUUCACAUUACAGAUCGACAUGGCUUUCAACGUCUUCUUCUUGUUGUACUUUGGUCUGCGUUUCAUUGCAGCAAACGAUAAGCUCUGGUUCUGGCUGGAGGUGAACUCGGUCGUGGACUUCUUCACAGUUCCACCAGUGUUUGUUUCCGUCUAUUUAAACAGGAGUUGGCUCGGUUUGAGGUUUUUAAGGGCCUUAAGACUGAUACAGUUUUCAGAAAUUUUACAAUUUUUGAAUAUCUUAAAAACAAGUAAUUCCAUCAAGCUUGUGAACUUGUGUUCCAUCUUCAUAAGCACAUGGCUCACCGCAGCUGGGUUCAUACAUUUGGUGGAAAACUCAGGGGAUCCUUGGGAAAACUUCCAGAAUUCCCAGGCACUUUCCUACUGGGAAUGUGUCUACUUGCUCAUGGUCACCAUGUCCACUGUGGGAUACGGAGAUGUUUAUGCAAAAACCACGCUGGGACGCCUUUUCAUGGUCUUCUUCAUCCUCGGUGGUUUGGCCAUGUUUGCCAGCUACGUCCCUGAAAUCAUAGAGUUAAUAGGAAACCGCAAGAAAUAUGGUGGUUCCUAUAGUGCGGUUAAUGGGAGAAAGCAUAUUGUGGUCUGUGGUCAUAUAACACUUGAAAGUGUUUCCAACUUCCUGAAAGACUUCCUUCACAAGGACAGGGAUGAUGUCAAUGUAGAAAUUGUUUUUCUCCAUAAUAUUUCCCCUAAUCUUGAGCUGGAAGCCUUAUUUAAGCGCCACUUUACUCAGGUGGAGUUUUACCAAGGAUCAGUUCUGAAUCCACAUGACUUGGCCAGAGUGAAGAUAGAGUCAGCUGAUGCUUGCUUGAUCUUGGCUAACAAAUACUGCGCGGACCCUGAUGCCGAGGAUGCCUCCAACAUCAUGAGAGUGAUUUCCAUCAAGAAUUAUCAUCCGAAGAUACGAAUUAUCACACAGAUGUUGCAGUAUCACAACAAGGCCCAUCUGUUAAACAUUCCCAGCUGGAACUGGAAAGAGGGAGAUGAUGCGAUUUGCCUUGCUGAGCUCAAGUUGGGUUUCAUUGCCCAAAGCUGCCUGGCCCAGGGUCUCUCCACCAUGCUUGCAAACCUCUUUUCCAUGAGAUCAUACGUCAAGAUUGAAGAGGAUACCUGGCAGAAGUACUACCUGGAGGGAGUAGCCAAUGAAAUGUACACAGAAUACCUGUCCAGUGCCUUUGUGGGCCUGUCCUUCCCUACGGUUUGUGAACUGUGUUAUGUGAAGCUCAAGCUGUUGUUGAUAGCCAUCGAGUACAAGUCUGAUCAGAGGGAAAGCAGCACCCUUAUUAACCCAGGGAACCAUGUUAAGAUGCAGGAGGGCACCUUAGGGUUCUUCAUAGCCAGCGAUGCCAAAGAAGUAAAGAGGGCAUUUUUCUACUGCAAGGCAUGUCAUGAUGACAUCACCGAUCCCAAAAGGAUUAAAAAGUGUGGCUGCAAACGGCUGAUAUAUUCCAAGAUGUCCGUCUACAAACGAAUGAGACUGGCAUGUUGUUUUGAUUGCGGACGCUCUGAGCGUGACUGCUCGUGCAUGUCAGGCAGUGUACGUAGUAACAUGGACACCCUUCAGAGAGCCUUCCCACUUUCUCCUGUCUCUGUUAAUGAUUGCCCAACCAGUUUACGUGCCUUCGAAGAGGAGCAUCCAUCAACGCUGUCGCCUAAAAAAAAGCAGCGCAACGGAGGCAUGCGAAGUUCACCAAACUGCUCGCCAAAAAUGAUGCGGCAUGACCCCUUGCUCAUUCCUGGAAAUGAGCAAAUUGAGAACAUGGAUGUGAAUGUGAAGAGGUACGAUUCCACCGGGAUGUUUCACUGGUGCCCGUCGAAAGACAUCGAGAAAGUUAUCCUGACGCGGAGUGAGGCUGCCAUGACGGUUCUGAGCGGUCACGUGGUGGUCUGUAUUUUCGGGGAUGUCAAGUCUGCCUUGGUGGGGCUGCGGAACCUGGUGAUGCCUUUGAGGGCGAGCAACUUCCACUACCAUGAGCUGAAGCCCAUUGUGUUCGUGGGCUCCUUGGAGUAUCUUAAGCGAGAGUGGGAAACCCUUCACAAUUUCCCCAAAGUCUCCAUUUUACCCGGUACGCCAUUAAGUCGGGCUGAUUUGAGGGCUGUCAACAUCAACCUCUGCGACAUGUGCGUUAUCCUGUCAGCCAAUCAGAACAAUAUCGAUGAUGCUUCACUGCAGGACAAGGAAUGCAUCUUGGCAUCACUCAACAUCAAAUCUAUGCAGUUUGAUGACAGCAUUGGGGUCUUGCAGGCUAAUUCCCAAGGCUUCACUCCUCCAGGGAUGGACAGGUCUUCCCCAGAUAACAGUCCAGUUCAUGGAUUACCACGGCAGGCCUCCAUCACUACUGGAGCCAACAUCCCAAUCAUAACUGAACUAGCCAAACCGGGCAAAUUGCAGCCCAUGAUUUCACUGAGUCAGGACAAAAAUAGUGGAACCAACAUUCAAAUGAUAACUGAACUGGUGAAUGACUCCAAUGUUCAGUUCCUGGACCAAGAUGACGACGACGAUCCGGACACAGAGCUGUACCUCACACAGCCGUUUGCGUGCGGAACUGCGUUUGCAGUCAGUGUGCUGGACUCCCUAAUGAGUGCGACAUACUUCAAUGAUAAUAUCCUCACGCUGAUCCGGACGCUGGUAACAGGAGGAGCUACACCGGAGCUGGAGGGCCUCCUGGCGGAGGAGAACGCGCUGCGGGGCGGCUACAGCACGCCGCAGACGCUCGCAAACAGGGACAGGUGUCGGGUUGCGCAGCUGGCGCUCUACGACGGGCCCUUUGCAGACUUGGGGGAUGGCGGAUGCUACGGUGACCUAUUUUGUAAAGCAUUAAAAACUUAUAACAUGCUGUGCUUCGGAAUUUACCGAUUACGAGACGCUCAUCUGAGUGGGCCGAGCCAGUGCACAAAACGGUAUGUCAUAACAAACCCACCGUACGAGUUUGAGCUGGUGCCCUCAGACCUGAUCUUCUGCCUGAUGCAGUUCGACCACAACGCGGGCCAAUCCCGGACCAGCUUGUCGCACUCGUCCUAUUCCUCCCACUCGUCGAGUAAAAAGAGCUCCUCUGUUCACUCGAUCCCCGCGGCCAACCGGCAGAACCGCAGCAAGGCCCGAGACUCCAGGGAGAAACACAAUGCAACAAGGAUGAAUAGAAUGGGCCAAGAAAAGAAAUGGUUUACAGAUGAACCAGAAAAUCCCUACUCAAGGAACAUUCAAAUCAAGCCCAUGAGCACCCAAAUGGCCAAUCAAGUCAAUCAAUGUAAGUCCACAAGCAACCUGAUUCCACCAAUCAGAGAAGUUGAAGACGAAUGCUGAGUCCAGGUCGACGGAGACAUGUGGACAACUGCAACCUUCUCGUGGAGAAGCGAGAGAUGAGGGUGAUGCCGUGCUGUUCCUACCUUACUUGUACCGCAAAUGAAGGAUUACCAUGUGAUCAGAGACAUUGGGGGAUCCCCCCCCCCCUUGUAUCCAUUAACUAUUAAUUCCAUACUUUUUUAACGUAUUAUUUGAACAUACAUGUACAUCCACACUCAUAUACAUAAAUAUAUAUAUAUAUAUAUUAUAUAUACUAUGACAAUCAGAUUAGAAAUGUACAGCCCCCAGCACUUUUUAAUUUCUUUAAUCAAAAGGGAAUUUCUCUUUCCCUCUUUUUUUUUUUUUCCCGUUUUUGCAAUACAGCAAUACUACAUCUUUUAUGUGGCCAGACUCCAUUAUUAGCCGUUUUGGAGAAUGAGGGUCACUACAGUGAACAUUAGAACAAUUUCCAAAGAGGGUUAUACAAGACUUCAUACUGAACGGCAACUAUUUUGUUAUGCUUAUCUAAUUUAUAAUCCUUGCAACUGUUCGCACUGAGGAAUUGUUUCUCCUGAUUGUGAUUUUUGAAAAACAAAACCACAGUCUGUGCUGUCAUAACAUCAGUAUUGUUUCACUGGAUUGGAAAGUAAAUACUUUCUUUUUGUCGAGAAUAAUUAGUAAGGUAGUGAGCGAGAGGUUUGGAAUAAUUUUCAAUAGAUGCAUUCCAGUUUAAUAAUUUCAUCUGACAUAUGCUAAUAUUGGUCGAUACGAUGACUUGUGCAAAACAGACACACAAGAUUUGGAUUUGAUUGGGUUUUCAGCUCUUAAAAUCUGUGUACAUGCAUUUGAGUGGUUGUUGCAACAGCUAAACUACGUCUUGUCAGAAUGGUAAAUGACGCAUCUCCUGUACUGUGUGUGUCUGACACACUGAUUUGUGUCGGCUAUUUGGUGUGGUUGCUAUAACUCGUUUGCGAGCAUCGGAAGCAGUUUCCCACCAUAUUUAAACAGCUACCAUAUCCUCACUAAUGUGCUCUAAUGUGUUGCCAUUGUCUAUACUGAAAUUAAUGCCCUGCUGCACGUUUUUUGCCAAUUUGAACGUGAAACAAUAUUCAAAGGUGAUCCAAACAAGUGUUUGCUAGUGGACCAGCUGUGAAAAACUUAAACUGCAAGCUUAACAUAACUGUGACAUGGCUGAGCUGUUUUAAUCUGGACUGCAAUGUUGUCUGCAGUGACAACGAUCAAAUACUAAUAGCUACUCAAUAACGGUUAUAAAUCAGAAGAUGAGUGACAGGGUAUAAUUUGUGGCAAAAUAAUUAUGGAUGCAAUGUAUAUUAGGACGAAAGAAAUGUUUGUAAUGCAGCACCAUCAGAAUGCCACGUAUCGCGAAAAAUGGGUUCUAACGGGUCCUCCUUUAGCUAUCACCACCGGCAGACAAACGGCUGGCAUGGAGGCAAUGAAGUGCUUGGAUGUUCUCCAUGGCCAGUUCUUAUGUUGGCCAAGAAGCUUCUGGAAAUUCAAAACAGCUCAGCCAUAGUUAAGUUGCCAGACUGCUGCAAACAGUCCAGGUCUGAGUGCAAUAUUCGAGUUAUUGUGGCAGAAAGCGCUCGUUAUGCACUUACACACUUAGAAAGUUCUAGAGUUCCCGGAGCAGUCCACGGAUGGCAAGAACACCAACCUUUCGGUAGCACAUUCUUCACUUCUGCAGCGUAUAUUAUUGAUGUUGAGCCACAUUCGAUCUUAGUUACGCAUUUUAUGACAGGUUUACACACACAGAGACAUUUUGUAUCAAUACAUGCAUAAAUUCUGUUUAACUUUUUUUUUUUAACAUAUUCUAGACAGUUUUUAAAUUUGCAGGUUACUGAAGUACAUUAAGUACAUAAAUGCCGGAAGUGUUCAAAGUCAAGUGAAAUGAGUGCAGUCAUUGACAGAGAAAGCUAAGAGCAAGAUAUGUCACGUUCUGUAUUUUCUUUUUUUCUUUCCAAAAUCAUACAAAUACCUAGAACAGCGAGGGAGCUUGAACAAUAAUGUCUCUAUGUCUUUGCAGCAAUCUUAAGUAGCUGCAAUUAAAGUGUUCCUGUCAAAUUUACUUUCACUGGCGUGAUUAUGGGCUGCUUUCAAGUACAACAGUAUUCUUAGAAAAGAUGCAGAAUUAUUCCUGUUAUUCAUUGGCUAGAAGAGAUUCAAAUUUUGAAUUAGACUUUUUUAUUGCAUACAGUAUGUGAGGUUAUGCAAAAUGCAAUUGGUUUAAAAUAUAUAUAUCUAUAUAUACACACACACAUACACAAUGGUGCAUGGAGAUUGAACUGCAAGCAGAUCCUAGUUUUGUUACAAAGGAAUAACCGUUUCAUUUUCAUAUAUAGGGCUAAACUAACUUAGUGGAAAAAGCAGCAGACUGACAUUGAUCAGAUUGCAUAAGUGCAUGUCAUACUUUAAAUUGCAUUGCCAAGUGUGCCACGGAGAAAUAUGAAAGUAAAUCAAAAUUGUGAUUUGUUGAAAACAACGGUAAAUAAAUUUACUGCAACUUUUUUUUUUUUUUUUUUUUUUUAAAUCAA